AUCACUCUCCGCUUACACCACUCGUACGCACACUAACCACUCUGCUGCACUCCCCGCCGGUCUCCGUCUUCUCUCCCAUGGCGUCCGGCCAUUUCCAAGUGGAAGCGGCGCUGCUGAUGCUUCCGCUGGUAAUGCUGGUGCUCAACUCGGGCGGCGGCAGCGCUGCUGGUGCAGUGGUGCCGGCGGUGAUCGUGUUCGGCGACUCGACGGUGGACACGGGCAACAACAACCACAUCGGCACGACGCUGCGGUCUGACUUCCCGCCCUACGGCCGCGACAUGCCGGGCGGUGCCCGCGCCACGGGGCGGUUCGGCAACGGGCGGCUGCCUCCGGACUUCAUCUCCGAGGCGCUGGGCCUGCCGCCGCUCGUCCCGGCGUACCUCGACCCGGCCUACGGCAUCGGCGACUUCGCGCGCGGCGUCUGCUUCGCCUCCGCCGGCACCGGCGUCGACAACGCCACCGCCGGCGUCCUGUCAGUGAUCCCGCUGUGGAAGGAGGUGGAGUACUACAAGGAGUACCAGCUCCGGCUGCGCGCGUACGCCGGCGCCGAGCGCGCCCGCGCCAUCGUCCGCGGCGCGCUCCACGUCGUCAGCAUCGGCACCAACGACUUCCUCGAGAACUACUACAUGCUCGGCACGGGCCGCUUCGCCGAGUACACGGUGGCCGAGUUCUCCGACUUCCUCGUCGCCGGCGCGCGCCGUUUCCUGUCGGAGAUCCAUCGCCUCGGCGCGCGCCGCGUCACCUUCGCGGGGCUCGCCGCCAUCGGCUGCCUCCCGCUGGAGCGCGCCGAGAACAUGAUCCAUGGCGGCGGCUGCAUCGAGGAGUACAACCGGGUGGCCAGGGAGUACAACGCCAAGGUGGAGGCCAUGCUGGGGGGGCUCCGCGCCGAGCUCCCGGACCUCAGGCUCGCCUACGUGCCCGUCUACGACACCAUGCUCGACCUCGUCACCAACCCGGCCAAGUUCGGGCUGGAGAACGUGGAGGAAGGGUGCUGCGCCACGGGGAGGUUCGAGAUGGGGUUCAUGUGCAACGACGAGGCUCCCAUGACCUGCGCUGACGCCGACAAGUUCCUCUUCUGGGACGCAUUCCACCCCACGCAGAAGGUGAACCGGAUCAUGGCCAACCACACGAUCGACAUCUGCUACCAGCAAGGCCUCCUAUGAAUGUGUGAUCCACGAUCGUACAACUAGAAACGCAUUGAUCCACUGACUAUUUUGUGGAGUGAGAAAAUUGUUUCAUGCAUGGGGCGGAUUCAAUUCAGAAGGAACUUGUCGCGCCUGCAGAUGACACCAGUUCGUCAUCUGCAGCGGACUGAAGGAGUGCAAGUUCAGUCUGAACUUAACUUCUUUUUUAGACAAUGUCUGAACUUAACUGAACUUGCAACACCCUGCGUGGUGAUCUGGGCCUUGGACCAUGUAAGCGAGUCGUGCUGGGCUAAGGUUGGGCCCAUGUAGCCAGCUACUUAUGUACCGAACCGAGAAUGAUCUAGGCAUCGAUGAGAAAUUAGAUCGAACUA